CGAGGAUAAUGGUUUCUGUUCUCUCUCCACGCGUGUGAGAAUCAAUUAUUUUUUUAUAGAAUUAAAAUUAAAAUACUUUCAGUGAAUAAUCUCAGUCCACUAUUAUCAGUUUAAUUAAAUAAAUACAUUAAUUAGUAACUUUUUUUAUAUGGCGACUAUUGAAGAGCUUGAUCUCACUGACAGCGGAAUGGGUAGCAGUGAUAUUCGUUCUCCAGAAGUUAAAUCCAUCCUGCCUGAUGAAGAGGAGGAAGAUGAUGAAAGUCUUACGGAAAGACUUAUUGGGUUGACAGAAAUGUUUCCAGAAGAAAUUCGUAAUUUCGGGUAUAAUUUAGGAUUUUGUUUAACAUCUCGUCUCAAAGCACUCUAUAAGUUUUCUUGCUCCGCAACGUGGAUAAUGUUCAGCACUUCAGCAAUCAUCUUCGCUCCAAUAAUAAUUGAAAUUGAAAGAGCCCAAAUGGAGGAGAUGCAGCGUUCACAACAGAAGCAAGCACUUCUGGGACCGAGUGCUGCAAUGCAUAUGGGCCCCGGAAUGGGCAUGGGACCUCCAGUCCAACGAUAAUUCGUUUAUUCGCCAAUAAAAAAUAAGAUUUCUGAGAAAUGAUAACAACAAUAUUUCUUAUGCCCUAUGAACAUAAAAUUAUUCGUAAAGAUACUGUAAACCCAAUUACUACUCAAAUAUAAUUAUUUACUUUCACUGUGAAUCAUGCAUUUCUUAAAAUUAGGAUUUAUUUAAAGAUGACAAUUGUUAAAGGUAAUUUUUUUAGGGGCUUCUGAUUCUUAUUUAAAGAUAUGUUGAAUUUUGUAGGAUUGUACAUUUUGCAUUUUUGUUAUAAUUUAUCUUUUUUUUUUUUGGAGUACAAGUAUGAAUUUUAUCCUGUAAAUUUGUUGCUUUAAAAUAAAUUACUAUAUUAGCACCAGA